AUGAAGCGUAGCAAUGUUAGCACAGCAUCUGGCCAAGAAUCCCUUGUGGUUGGGAGAUUUGGAAGCGACAGUCAAACUUCAAGCAAAUCUAUUGUACUGAAACUUACAGAUGAAUGUAACCAAGCGAUUGGGAGAGCUGUGGAGAUGGGAUGGCCGGUGAGAGUUGUGUCAACGAAAACUGUAAGUUUUUCUUUGUGUUCUUAACGUUUAGGUUCAAAUUCUCAACAGCAAAGCAUGAUUUCUUAUUGUGUUGUAAGUAUACCUAUAAGAAAGUAUCUGUAAACGGUUUAUAUGGUCUUUUUGAUAUAGAACACUUUACAAUAAGCUGAAUCAUCAUAAUAUCUUUAUUUGCAGGGUAUUACAAUUGAAGUUGGCGUCAGCGACACUUCUGUAGCGACGUUUACUUGUAACCAACAAAGAUUAAAUGGAAAUAUUGAUGCUGUUAACCAGGAAAACGCCACUUCAUUCCAAAAUGUUUCCUCAUUGAAGACAAAGCUGGUUGUUAACGCUACAGACAAAUCUUUCGCCGACACGCGACAAAAAGUAGUCAAAUUGGUAGAGUUGCAAUCUCAAAAGCAAACCAAAACCACUGAUACAAAAACAACAUCAAACAGCAGGAAAAGGGCGGCAAAUGCAGGUAAUGACAAUGUUUUUGCGAUGCCAAUGGGACCAGCACCUAAGAAAGCAAGACAUCCUGCUCGGACGGCGACAAGAAGGAAAGUUGCAAGCCGGAAUGUUGAUCACAACGUUCUGAGAACAGUUGCACAACCUAAACAGAAGGUGGUGAAUUCAGAAGUUUCUCAGAAGUCAGUAAAUUGUGUCGUUCAGUCAAAGCAGAACGCGACAACGCCGAGGAGUGAAGUUGGAAGCCAUAGUAAUUCAAAGGUUCAGAAUGUUGUAAACUCAACUCAAAACGUGCUGAAGUCAGUUAAUAAAGAAAAGAAGGUCGAUUCUGACGCCAAGACGAAGGUUGUAACUCCAGAAGCCGAGCCAAAGACCGUGAAUUCAAACUCUAAGCCGAAGCCUGGUGCUUUGACAUCAGAAAUAACAUGCACAACUAAUUGGCUCGCAGCUUUCCCAGAAGUUGUAGACGCCAAGAAGUGUGCGCGAUACACACAAUUGUUUGAGGUUAGUUUCUUUUAUGUUACUUUCGUUCUUUUUUAAGUAUGUAUUUCAAAGUUUUAUAGUGAUUUCUUGAAUUAGAAAUUUGUGUUUUAAAGCAAUCGAUUUAAAAGUUAAACAAUGUGAUGUUUAUGACAAAACUACUGUUUGUUAUUGUUUUAGAGUGCGUACCCUUCUUACAUCAAAUCCAAUGAAAGGUUAGCCAAAGUGUAUCAGGAAUUCGCUGAACUGAAGAAGAGAUACGAAUCUGCCGAACUGGAUGAUAAGAUUGAGGUAGGUAUUGUACCAAUUUAACAGAUUUUGUUCUAUUUUAACAAAUUAUCCUUUUUAAAAUAAAACAUCUAAAUAUGUGUAUGUUAUUAUUCUAUAAGUUUAUUCCUUUUAGACAGGCCAAAAGCUCCACGAACUUCACGAAAGGUACGAGUCAGACGCCGACUUCUACAAAUGUCGCAAGGAACACCUUAUGUUACACUUCAAACUAGAAACCCUCAGGACACGGAUCUCAGAGUGGAAAGAAAAACAAGCUCAAUAA